AUGUUCAACGGCAGUCUCAUCCCCAACCAGGCCCCGAGCAGCCAGCUCCCCUCUCUGGGUGAUCUCCAGAACGGUCUACCAAACGCUAUGGACAACGACGACGCCCAGCGCGCCGCCCAGCUCGCAAACGCGCUCGGGGAGCCCUCGAAAAACGAGAGCCGCCCACAGGCUACGUUCCUCACAAAACUAUAUGCUUUGCUCGAGCGUCCGGAGAAUCACCACAUGAUUCGUUGGGAUGCCGCUGGCGAACAUAUCAUCGUAGAACGUCCCGAGCAGCUUGCUCUUCAUGUUCUUCCCUCUGUCUACCGACAAUCCCGCUUUGCGAGUUUUUCCCGCCAGCUCAAUAUCUAUGGCUUUAUGCGCAAGGUCAAUCUGCGAAACAUCGACUCGACGAUUGACGAUCCAGACGCGAGCACUUGGUCACAUCCCACCCUGCGUCGCAACUCUCCCGCCGACGUCAUUGCAAAUUUCAAGCGUAGAGUCCCUCCCAGACUCCCUAAACCGCGCAAAAGGCCAGAGGAAGCGGCCCUCACCUCUGGUGCCCCGCGUAUUGCCGGUCGCGCUCGAGGAUUUUCUGCACCCGGAUCAUACACUCAGCCACAACCUACAUGGCAAAGCGCGACACCAUUUGGUCAGGCGCACGCCCGACAAGCCCUCCCACCUCUGGCCCCUCUUUCGACGUCGAAUGAGAUGCCAUUGUACCCAAGCGGCCCACAUUCUUCCUAUGUGGGUCCACACGCCAGCGGUAACACGCUCCAUCACCGCUCGUCACAUGGCAACUUGCUGCAUCCGCUCACGCCCGCGACGCCAGACGACCCUAACAGCCCACACCAUCUCGCUCCAGGAAGUUACUCGGCGCAUCCAACCGGCUACACCGCAUCUGGCCGCGAUGGCGCUCCGUUGUUCAUGUCUGGCGGCCCAGGCUCGUCGCAGAAUUCUGCUUACCCUUAUCCGGAACAAGGAGGAUCGCAUCCAAACUGGUCAUUUUUGCCACCCCUCCAGACGGGCAACUCUGGACCAGGAAAUGCCUCGCCUGACAGCCGUCCAACCACAGGCUACUCGGUGGCUUCCUCCAUGUCGAUCCCAUACGAUGACAUGAAUGGCGAAUACGGCCGGCCCAGAUCAAGUGCCGGGAGACCUCUUACGCCAACGAUGAUGAACACGGCUCGCCCCCAGUCUUCUCAUAGCCGACCCGGGAGUGCCAUUGCCCCCAAUGGCCCACCCCUCCCGCCCAGUCAUUUACGCAUUGGGAGAGCCCGUAGACAUUCGCAGGCAGUGUCCCCGUAUCCGGCACCCUACUAUGACCUUCAUAACGACGGGCGCCCUGUCACGGCGCCAGAUAAUUCGACGGUCCACAGGGUACGGUCCUUUGGCAAUCUUCCUCAAGUCGACUCGAUUGGAGAGGAGACGGGCGCACAGGGAGCUCAUCCGCCACCCUUCAUGGGAUUCAGCGGCUCGCACGCCGAAUUUGCUUACAGCGCCGGCGGAAGUGGCCCAAACGGGAACCUUGAUUCGAUGGAGACAUCUGGGUGGAUGAACGGUUCAGCAGCUCAUCCGCCGUCGUCAUCACAUGGACCGUCCCACGGCGGUGGUGCUGGCGGGCUCAGUGGCCAACCGAGGCCGUCGACGGCGGCGUCGACCAUGUCAGCUCACUCGAGUGCAAGUGCGACUCAAACCCCUCCCGUCUUGGAUCCCUCGGGGUCGUAUGCUGGCCAUGAGACCGACAUUAAUCGGUGUGAGUGA